AUGGUGACGAGUAUGGAAGAGAACAGCGCGGGUGCCAUGUCGUAUGAGUAUCGUGUCGUGUCGUGGUACGUGGAGUCCCCGUGGCUCAUGGUGAGUACUAUACAAAAAAUUAUAAAGCUGGUAUCUGUAUAUCCCAUGACACAAGGAGGCGCGCGCGCAUGCCCGCGCGGCGCGGCGGGGUCGGGAGUCAGGGCGGACACGUGCGCGCAAUAUUAU